AUGGCUGCCACUUCUUUCAAGCUCAACAGCGGAUACGACAUCCCCUCAGUCGGUCUUGGUACCUGGCAGGGUGAGGCCACCGCCGUCAAGGCCGCCGUCGCCCACGCCCUCAAGAGCGGUUACAAGCUCGUCGACGGCGCGUACUGCUACGGCAACGAGGAGGCCGUCGGCGCAGGGAUCAAGGAGGCCCUCGACUCCGGCAUCAAGCGCGAGGACAUCUUCGUCGUCACCAAGAUCUGGGCCACCUACAACACCCGCGUCGCCGAGGGCCUGGACAAGAGUCUCAAGGCCCUCGGGCUCGACUACGUCGACCUCCUGCUCAUCCACUGGCCGCUGCUGCUGAACCCCAACGGGAACGACGACAAGUUCCCCAAGAAGCCUGAUGGCUCUCGGGAUGUCAUCCACGGGUGGGAUCACCUCGAGGCCUGGAGGCAGAUGGAGGCUGUCGUCAAGACCGGCAAGGUCAGGUCCAUCGGUGUCUGCAACUACAGCAAGAGCUACCUGGAGAAGAUCAUCGACAAUGCCACCAUCCUCCCCGCCGUCAACCAGAUCGAAAGCCACCCCUGGCUCCCCCAGAGCGACAUCACCGAGCUCGCCAAGUCAAAGGGCAUUCACAUCAUGGCCUACAGCCCUCUGGGCAGCACGGGCAGCCCCGUCGCCGAGGCCGAGCCUGUAGUCAAGCUCGCCGAGAAGUACAAGGUCACCCCGCAGACCAUCCUCAUCAGCUGGCAGGUCGCCCGCGGGCACACUGUCCUCCCCAAGUCCGUCACUCCUUCGCGCAUCACUGCCAACCGGGAGAUCGUCAACCUGAGCGCCGAGGACACCAAGUCGCUGGACGACUACUCCAGCGACAUUGUCGCCAAGAAGGAGUGGAAGCGCUUCGUCUACCCUCCUUUCGGUAUUAACUUUGGAUUCCCCGACAAGCAAUAG